AGCUGAAACAGGAUGUAAAUCAGUUAUGUUUACAUUUAACGCUUUUAAAAUCUAUUGUAACGUUGUUUUAUUUUAUUUUUAUUUUUGUCAUUGGAAACUAAAAUGCAAGUAAAACAUUAAAAACACAUUAAAACAGUGAUGAAUAUAUAAAACAUUUCAAAACAAUAUUAUGAUAUUUGAUAAGUUUGUUUAACCUUAUUUGGAAAACGAAACAAAAAAUCCCGGAAGUUAUUUAACGUGUCUUUAAUUGAAAGCGUUCUACGAAGUUACGAAAAAGGUUGUAAUGAAAGAUGCAGUCUUUAACAAGCGAUCAUGUAAUGGUAAUCGCGAUUGAUUUUGGGACAACUUACUCCGGAUAUGCAUUUUCCCUGGGUGUCGAGUUCGAAUCUGAACCAACGAAGAUUUCCUCUAACAAACCAUGGAUUGCAUCACAAGGUCUUGUUUCGCACAAAACACCAACUUGUGUGUUGCUUAAGCCUGAUGCAAGUUUCUACAAGUUCGGAUAUGAAGCGGAGGAUAGAUAUAACGAGAUUGCAGAAUCCGACGAUUUGAAUCAUAAAGAUUACUAUUUCUUUAGACGCUUCAAAAUGGUCCUACAUUCAAGACCGAACCUUCGUAGGGAAACUGUGAUCGAAGAUGAAACAGGGAAGACCAUGGAGGCGAUGAUAGUGUUCGAACACGGUAUACGUUACCUGAAAAACCACGCUUUAAGCACAAUAAACACGCAAGGAAAAUGUAUUGAUGAGAUGGACAUACAUUGGGUGUUGACUGUGCCAGCAAUAUGGUCAGAGGGAGCCAAACAGUUCAUGAGAGAAGCGGCACAAAAGGCUGGUAUUGAAUCGAACAAUUUGAGUAUCGCAUUAGAACCAGAAGCAGCGUCAGUUUAUUGCAAGUAUCUGCCAUCACAUCAGCUGACCCAGGAACAGAUGUCAAAGUCAAUGUUCCAACCCAACGCCAAAUACAUGGUGGUCGACUUAGGAGGUGGUACUGCAGAUAUCACAGUACACAAAGUGGAAUCAGACAAUUCUCUGUGUGAGGUCCAUGGUCCGAGCGGUGGUGCCUGGGGCGGCACCAAGGUUGAUGAGGCUUUUAUAAAGUUCCUUGAAGAGAUUUUUGGGGAGGACAUUAUGAAAGUAUUUCUUGACAAACACAUGGAAGACGCCAUAGAUUUAUACAGAGAGUUUGAGAUCAGAAAACGUAAAGUCAUGCUUGAUAUGUCAGACACACCAAAUAUGGCUAUCAAGAUUCCAGUCGCCUUGUAUGAAUUAUAUGAAGACAAACACAAGAGUAAGGUGAAAGAUGAUAUUAAAAGGCAUGCAAAAUAUAAAGACCGAGUUACCUGCCUUGCUGACAAGAUGAAAAUUGACUCGAAUAUCAUGAAAUCUUUCUUCAAGAGACCAUUGUAUGAUCUUGUCGAGCAUAUGCGAGAUAUACUUGGAGAGCUUCCGGUGCGUGGUACAAAUACCUUCAUCAUUGUUGGUGGCUUUGCCGAGUCUGGUAUAGUCCAAGAUACAAUAAAAUCAAAGUUUUCAAACAUGAGAGUGAUUAUUCCAUUUGAUGCUGGACUUGCAGUUCUGAAAGGAGCGGUAAUUUUUGGCCAUGCUCCAAUGGUUGUGACGUCACGAGUAUGCAGACGAACAUAUGGCAUGGCAGUAACCAAAGCGUUUAUCAAAGGUCAAUAUCCAGAGGACAGAAAAGAAUUCAUGGGUAACAGAGAGGUUGUAAGAAAUGUUUUCCAUAGAUAUAUGCAGCUUGGUCAGCCAACCAAGGUGGGAGAAGCUGUCUCAACAGUUCCAAUGAGUGCAGCAAAGGGUCAAUCGCUCGCUCGUGUACGAGUGUUUUCAUCCAAAUGUUCAUGUCCCGAGUUUGUGACAGACCGUGGCUGUAGUUAUCUAGGGGAGAUAAUUGUGAACAUACCUGAUUCGGAACAGGAGGAAGGUGGUACUGUAGACGUUAAAAUGACAUUUGGUGGCACUGAACUUGCGGUUGAAGCUCUUGAAAAGAAGUCUGGUAAAUCGUAUCGAUCAAGAUUUGAUUUUUUGAGUGGAGAGUAGAAUUAUAGGUGAGGAGCAAAGGCUGUUUAUAUCAAAACUAUCAGCUUAUAUAUGAGAAACAGACAAUUUGUUUAUAAUAAAACAUAUAGUGAGUCUAAAUCCGGAAGAGUUUAACGGUGGAAGGAACUACUGAUAUGAUAAGUGUAGUAUAUUGACUAAUUAACUGUUAGACUGGCUUUAAUUACACUACGCACAUAAUGUAUAAAAUUUGAUGAUAUUUUUAAGUUUGAUUGCUUUUGAACAAACAAUAUUUAAAUAAAAUGUUUGUUGUAUCAUACAGCAGUUUGCCACACAUUGCAUUCCGGUUUUGGGCUUUCAGUUAUAAAUCGAACAUUUAAGACGAAUGCGUAAUAUGAAAAAUACAAAAAAAACAACAACAACAGAAUAUAUGAAAGCGAUGCAAAUAUGCAAAAAGAAUACGUAUAAACUCAACGUGCUACAGAGAAGUAUUGAAUACACAAAGGGUAACAACUCUAACUUUGGGAGUUUAUAUUAAUUACAAUAAGAGUAGUUGUCCAUGCAAGACGUAAACUUUCAGUGUUGACAAAUGACAUGACAUUGUUACAUUUUGUCAUGCUUUUUCACCAAAAUAUUACAAUGCCUUUUUCUGCUGUAGUUUUGUUUUGUAUAUAAUGCCAAAAUUCAAUGUAUGUAAUACGUAAAUACAUUGCUAGUGUCUCUUUCUUUUAA